UUGGCUUCCGAAAACCGGGAGAGUGGAUCUGGAGAUCCGAGUGAGGCCGUGGGAAUGGCAAACCCUAGACCGUCUUCGCAUCGUCUCCUUCGAUCUCGACUCGUGCCUCCUCCCUCGAUUUCCUGUUACGUGUUGGUUCUCCUCGCCUUCUCCGCCUUCAUCUUCCUCUUUUCUCAGAGGCAGAUCACUGUAGUCGAUCGGAAUCCCUCGGACGAGUCCUUUGAGGAUUUGAAAGAGCGACUGUGGGGUUCUGCGUCUGGUUAUGGUUAUCGUCCAUGUGUCAAGCGGACCCAGAAAUAUGCAGCUCCCCAAAAGUGGAACCGCUACUUGACCGUUAGAAGCAAUGGGGGCCUCAACCAAAUGCGCACUGGUAUUUGUGAUAUGGUAGCUGUUGCUCGUUUGAUGAAUGCAACAUUAGUAAUUCCACAAUUGGAUAAGCGUUCUUUUUGGCAAGACACUAGCACCUUUUCAGAUAUUUUCGAUGAGUCCCAUUUUAUCAAUUCUCUAGAAGGAGAUGUGCACAUUGUUCGCGAGCUACCCAAGGAACUGGAAUCAGCUCCUAGGGCUCGUAAGCAUUUUACUUCUUGGUCCGGUGCAAGUUACUAUGAGGAGAUGUCACAACUAUGGAAGGAUUAUCAGGUGAUUCAUGUUCCCAAAUCUGAUUCAAGGCUAGCUAACAAUGAUCUUCCGAUCGAUAUUCAAAGGUUACGAUGCCGUGCUAUGUACGAUGCACUCCGUUUCUCAAAUCCAAUUGAGAGGCUUGGGAAGAAGCUAGUGGAGCGGCUGAAGUCACAUGGCCAAUAUAUUGCUCUUCAUCUGCGUUUUGAGAAGGACAUGCUAUCAUUUACCGGAUGUACCUAUGGCCUUAAUGACAUGGAAGCAGAAGAGCUCAGAAUUAUGAGGGAGAUUACAAACCACUGGAAAUUGAAGGACAUAAAUUCAACAGAACAAAGACUAGGUGGUUUCUGUCCUCUAACCCCCAAGGAAGUAGGUAUCUUUCUGCAAGCUUUGGGAUACCCUUCGUCCACCUGGAUUUACGUUGCAGCUGGUGAAAUCUAUGGUGGUGAAACUUACCUAUCAGAUCUGAGGUCUCGCUUCCCCAACUUAGUUUUCAAGGAGACAUUGGCAACUAAGGAAGAAUUAAAAGACUUUUCUAGUCAUUCAUCUCAGACUGCAGCUAUUGACUACAUUAUUUCAGUGGAAAGUGAUGUAUUUGUCCCAUCAUAUACUGGAAACAUGGCUAGAGCUGUUGAGGGGCAUCGUAGAUUUUUAGGGCACAGGAAGACAAUAAACCCUGACAGGAAAGGAUUGGUAGAACUCUUUGAUAUGAUAGAUAGAGGAGAGCUGAAAGAAGGUGCGAAAUUGUCAUCCCUUGUAUCUGAGAUGCACAAGUACAGACAAGGGGCUCCAAGAAAGAGGUAUGGAUCACUGCCUGGAAGCAAAGGCCGUGAUCGGUUGAGGACUGAAGAAUCAUUCUAUGAGAACCCAUUUCCUGAAUGCAUCUGCCUGGCUGACAAGCAUUGACACUUCUAUUCUGUGCUGCCCUAAUGUUGGAUCCACUCUAUGCUGUCAGGUGAAACCCGAAGAUGGUCGUUGGCGAGGUCAGCUUCUUCUUUCCUGUGUAUGUGUCCAUAUCUGUGCACCCUUCCUUUUGUAUUCCACGCUGGGGAAAUCAAUAUCAUGUGAUUUUCUUUGUUAGAGGUAGUGCAUAUAUCAUCAAUUUUGUUGUUGUCAUCAUGGAGGAUUUUUUUCCCAAGAACUCCAUGCUUCUCUGUUAGCUGACUUGUCAUGAUCAAUCAUAUUACUUUGUGCUUAUGGGCACAUUGUUACCA